AUGGCAGACGACGCACUUCCAGUCGAGAACGUUUUUGGUGAUGAGUCAGAUAUGGAGGAAGACUUUGCAUCUGCAAUAGUUCAUCCUAGGGUGACUGCUACUACUAUUAAGUUUGAAACGUCCCUCUAUCAUAUGCUCAAACAAGAGGGAUACUUUCGGAAUGCAGUCGAUGAUGAUCCUCACCAGCAUAUAACAAACUUUCUGGAGUUCACAAAGCUGCCCCGAAACUCUAUUGCUACAUGGGAAGAGAUAGUCAAAGUGUUUCUCAGAAAGUGGUAUCCCCCGAGUAAAAGAGCUGAGAUUCGUGAUCAGAUUUAUGAGUUCAAACAACGUCAUGGGGAGCAACUUUUCAAAGCUUGGGAGAGGUACAAAGAAUAUUUGGAUAGGAGUCCGAACCAUGGUUUCCCAUAUCAUAUUCUGAAGGAAAAGUUACACGGAGGGUUGGAUCCUAUGACUCAAGCAAUGACCAAUAAUGCUGCUGGUGGGUGUUUCAUGAAUAAGUCCUAUGCUAGUAUUGCUGAUAUACUUGAUCGAUUGACUACACACAGUCAAGCGUGGCAUUCGAGUAAUUCUGAGGGUUUAUCACUUGGGACACCAUUGAUCCAAAAUAUUGUGAAGGAUAGCCAAGAGACGCAACAGACAUUGGCACAACUAGCCACUAAUAUCUCUUUACUGACAAAGAGAUUUGAUGAGAGGGAAGCGAAGAUGGUAAACGUGUGUGAAGAUAUCUCAGGCAUGCCGCCUGGAAUGUACCAAGUCCAAGAGGGUCCAUAUCAAGAGGGUCCCCCUCCGCCAGUUGAAAAUGUUCACUAUGCAGACUACAUAGCAAAAAGGGAUAUUCCUGGGCCAAUUCAGAGAUACUGGAGACCUCAACAAGGGCAGGGUGCAUACAACAACAACCAAGGGAACUACAAUAACAACUAUGGUGGACCGAACUAA